AUGGCGAACCUCGAGCCGGUGGAGAAGACCGCGGUCGUGUCGGACUCGACCGGCGCCGAUGCGGUGCCAGCAAUUCGGGCGCGGCCGACUCGCUCCAGUUCGGCGCAGCUCGCCUUGGAGCCCACCGCGCUCUUAAAUCGCCUCGAGACCAUGCUCCUCGGCAACCAACCCGUCCCCGCACCCUCCAACGAGGUCAGCAUCGUCGGCGAGGUCACCAACGGCAUCAUCAUCGCCGCGAAAGCUGCCGUAAACACGCUCUUUUCGUCGCAGCGGCGCGGCGCGCUGAUGGCUCUCCAGAUAAAGAACCUGAAGAAGGCUGCGCUGGCGUACCUUGUGUGGGACCUACGCGGCGAGCUGGCGGGCGCGCGACUCGAGCAGGCGGUCGUGUACGGCAAGCGGCUCGAGACGCACGCGAGCGGCGUGGACAAGGAGUUGGGCAAGUGCAAGCGGCGGCAGGCGGGCGCGGAGGCGCUUCUCGCUGUCGUUCCAGAAACGUUGCAGGACGUGCCCACGCCAGAGGAGCCCGCGGUCGAGGAGGAGCCGGCGGUCGAGGACCUGCCGGCCAGCGACUCCCGUCCCGACGACGCGUCUUCGGACAGCGAUCGGGAAAGCGUCUUCGAACGUCGGGUGACCCGUCGGAUGAUCGACGCCGGCCUGAACGAGGCGCAAUUCGAUGAUAUGCGGAACGUUUACGGGAUUCAGCUCGCCCACGAGGACAAGUGCCACGAGUGUGCCAAGCUGCAGGCUCGGGCAGUGAAACUGUAUGAUAUGCUCCUCCCGUACCUCGAGCGCGACUGGGUGCCACUGGAGGAGGCAUUCCAGCGGCUCGACCUUAUAGCUGCUCGGGAGCGCUCGGGUACCCUGGGUCGUGGGUAUGAUAGUGACACAACAUAUGUGUGA